AAAAUAAAAACGAAACAGAAAAAUCUUUAUCAAACUGUAUUUGUGUGGCUUUGGCUCAGCUUUCUCUCUCUCUAAAUUAUCUCUUCGCCCUCUUCUUUGGUUUCAAUCCCUCUCAUACAUACUUGUCCAAAACCCAACGUUUCGGUUGCCACACGAAACGCCCUUUAUUUGCUGAUUUCUUCUAAGCUCAGCUCUUGAAGCUCUAAUAAGCAAUGACCUUUUGAUGGUUUUGACUUGGUGACAAUUUCAUUGGAAGAGCCUUUGCCUUUCUGGGGUGUGUUUUGUGGGCUUUGUUUAAUGCUGAGCUUGAUUCAAUGAGAUUGCUCUGGCCCUUUAUAAAUGGCUUCUGCUUCUUCCAUGUCAGUUUCAGUAGAAUGCGUAAACUUGUGUAAGUUUUCAAAGUGGGAUGGGAGUGGAAGAUAUGAUUGUAGCUUUCUAUCGUGUGCGUGGAAAGCGCCGAGGGUCUUGACCGGGUUCCUUGCAAGUACAGCUCAUCCACCUCAGUGUUCCUUGUUGUCUCACCGUCGAAAUGGAAGAAGAAGCUGGAAUAAUUCUAGAUGUGAAGUCUGUGAUACUAGAGGUUGUUAUUCUAGUGAAGCUUCGGAAUUUGUUCUUCUUCGAAAACUCAUAAAACCAAGCAUGCUUCAUGCUACUUGUAAAAGGUGGCGCAUGUGUUGUUCUUCACCCCACUCUUCAGAUGUGUUCAGUGAGUUUUCUCCAGAAAGGUUGUGGGAGGAUCUUAAACCUAGUAUUUCAUACCUUUCACCUAAAGAACUAGAAUUGGUCCAUAAAGCUCUUAAGCUGGCUUUUGAGGCUCAUGAUGGCCAAAAAAGACGCAGUGGAGAGCCCUUCAUCAUUCAUCCCGUUGAAGUUGCUCGUAUACUAGGAGAACUUGAAUUGGAUUGGGAGUCUGUUGCUGCUGGAUUAUUGCAUGACACAGUUGAGGAUACAAAUGUUGUUACUUUUGAAAGGAUAGAGGAGGAGUUUGGUACUACUGUGCGUCGCAUUGUAGAAGGAGAGACUAAGGUAUCUAAAUUGGGAAAACUGAAGUACAAGAAUGAAAGUGAUUCCGUACAAGAUGUAAAAGCUGAUGACCUGCAUCAGAUGUUUCUUGCCAUGACAGAGGAGGUCCGUGUUAUCAUUGUCAAACUAGCUGACAGAUUACAUAACAUGCGAACUCUUUCUCACAUGCCCCCACGUAAGCAGUCCAGCAUAGCAGUGGAAACUUUGCAGGUCUUUGCUCCUCUAGCGAAGUUGCUUGGGAUGUACCAAAUCAAGUCAGAACUUGAAAAUCUAUCCUUCAUGUACACAAAUGCUGAAGAUUAUGCUAAAGUUAAGAGAAGAGUUGCAGACCUCUAUAAAGAUCACGAGAAAGAACUUGUGGAGGCCAACAAAAUUUUGAUGGAGAAGAUUGAGGAUGAUCAGUUCUUAAACCUUAUGACCGUGAAAACUGAAGUUCGCUCUGUGUGUAAGGAGCCAUACAGUAUCUAUAGAGCUGUCCUCAAAUCUAAAGGCUCUAUCAAUGAGAUUAAUCAAAUUGCACAGCUUCGUAUUAUCAUAAAACCAAAGUCGUGUGUUGGAGUUGGGCCUUUAUGCAGUCCACAGCAGAUUUGCUACCAUGUUCUUGGGUUGGUCCAUGGAGUCUGGACCCCUAUUCCUCGAGCUGUCAAAGACUAUAUAGCAACCCCAAAGCCUAAUGGCUAUCAAAGUCUCCACACAACAGUGAUUCCUUUUCUGUAUGAGAGCAUGUUUAGGAUAGAAGUUCAGAUAAGAACUGAAGAGAUGAACCUUAUAGCUGAAAGAGGCAUCGCUGCUCAUUAUAGUGGGAGAGUAUUUGUUAAUGGUUUAGUUGGACGUGCGAUGCCUAAUGGCAGAAGCUCUAGAGGAAAGACUGUCUCUCUUUCCAAUGCAAACAUUGCUCUCAGGAUUGGCUGGCUCAAUGCAAUCAGAGAAUGGCAAGAGGAGUUUGUGGGCAACAUGAGCUCUAGGGAAUUUGUUGACACUAUCACUAGAGAUCUGUUAGGUAGCCGUGUCUUUGUGUUUACACCAAGGGGAGAGAUUAAAAACCUACCUAAGGGGGCAACUGUUAUUGACUAUGCAUAUAUGAUACACACUGAUAUUGGCAACAAGAUGGUGGCUGCAAAGGUCAAUGGUAAUCUUGUUUCUCCUACACAUGUGCUUGCAAAUGCGGAAGUUGUGGAGAUAAUCACAUAUGAUGCACUCUCAAGCAAAUCAGCUUUCCAGAGGCAUAAGCAAUGGUUGCAGCAUGCUAAGACACAUAGUGCCAGGCACAAAAUUAUGAAAUUUUUAAGGGAGCAAGCUGCACUAUCUGCUGCUGAGAUAACAGCAGAUACUGUAAUUGAUUUCAUUGCUGAUUCUGAAGAGGAGAGUGAAGCAGAAGAGCUCCCAGAUCCUUCCAAGGCAAGCAAACCAAUGUGGGAGAAAAUCCUUAUGAAUGUUGUGGGAGUGUCAUCCCCAGAGGGAAAAAAUGGAAGUAUUUGGGUCCCCAAGGUCAAUGGAAAACAUAGUAAGCAUGUGCAGCAUGCAAGUUUGAAGGUUAAAGGGGAGUUAUUCUCAGAGGUAAAUGGUGUUGCCAAGAUAAUACAAGCAAACAUUCCAAUGUACAAAGAAGUCUUGCCUGGUUUGGAAAGUUGGCAAGCCAGCAAGAUUGCCUCUUGGCACAAUCAUGAAGGGCACUCAAUCCAAUGGUUUUGUGUGGUGUGCAUAGAUCGAAGAGGCAUGCUGGCCGAGGUCACAACAGUAUUGUCAGUUGCAGGCAUUACUAUAUGUUCUUGUGUGGCUGAGAUUGAUGGAGGAAGGGGAAUGGCUGUCAUGUUAUAUCAUGUUGAAGGAAACCUGGAAUGUUUGGUAAAUGCUUGCUCAAGCAUAGAUCUAAUUCUUGGUGUUUUGGGAUGGUCUAUGGGUUGCAGCUGGCCAAGCUCAAUAGAAACCAGCCAAUUUCUCGAGUGCUAAAUGAUAAGUGAUGCAAACAAACCCGGUUCACCCAGCUAUACAGGCCUGGGUACGAAGUUUUGUCCUCAGAAAGUUCUGAUUCAGGGGUAUUACAUCCUAGAUUUUGGGUAUUUAAUUCCUUAGUUCUCAUCUAUUUGUUCGACACUUGUUACCAAAUAAACCAGCAGCAGCCAAAGAGCUUAGUCUGUGGAUUGAGGGCACUGUAUAUAGAAACAAGAGUGAUAGGUUAAGAAAUUAUACACUUUGUAAAGAUAAUUGAGAGGACAGGACAGUAAAACAAUUAUAGGAAAGAUCUGUAGGAAUAUCUUGCUAUAUAAAUUCUUUCUCCUUGAUCUACGACUCUAGUUUCUUCUCCUAUGUAUAUAUUCUAUUUUUUU